ACCAAAGAGGCCAAGAACAUCGCAGUGGCGACGCGGUGAAACCAGGAGUCUUUCAGUCACCUGGAAUUGAAAGGCGUCGCAAUGGAUUCAGAGUCGAAUCUGUCUGAAGAAUCGCCCACUUCUUCUUCUUCUUCUGGUUUCGAUAGAGAUCGUCAUGUGAUAUUCUUGGAGAUGAUGUACCAGUUGUUGCCCAGUGAGUAUCAAACGCAAGAGAUUAAUCAUCUUACACUUGCUUACUUUGUGAUCUCCGGCCUCGACCUCCUUGGCUCCUUGGAUCAUGUGGACAAGGAUAAAAUUGCAAGUUGGGUCUUGUCCUUUCAAGCACUUCCUACAAACAAGGCUGAAAAAACCAACGGAAAAUUUUAUGGAUUCUGCGGAUCAAGAAGUUCUCAGUUCCCUCCAGAUGAGGAUGGGGUUUUACUGCACAACGGUAGUCACUUGGCAAGCUCGUACUGUGCCCUUGCAAUACUGAAGAUAAUUGGUUAUGAUUUCUCCAAUAUUGACUCUGAAUCGAUUGCAAUCUCAAUGAGAAACCUUCAACAAUCUGAUGGGAGCAUCAUGCCUAUCGAUACCGGAGCAGAGGCUGACCUUCGGUUCAUCUAUUGCGCUGCUGCCAUCUGCUAUAUGCUUGGGAAUUGGACCGGAAUGGACAGGCAGAAAUCUAAAGCCUACAUAUUGAACUGCCAGUCAUAUGAUGGUGGCUUUGGGUUAACUCCUGGUUCAGAAUCUCACGGCGGUGGAACGUAUUGUGCUAUUGCAUCUCUCCGUUUGAUGGGUUUCAUUGAAGAUGAUCUUCUCUCCAGAGAUCAUCCUUCUUCCAUAAUAAACGUCCCGUUGUUGCUGGAGUGGUGUUUGCAGAAACAGGCAGCUGAUGGAGGAUUUCAGGGUCGACCUAACAAGCCUGCUGACACUUGUUAUGCAUUUUGGAUUGGAUCUACCUUGAGGAUUUUAGGGGGCCUUCAUUUCAUUAACAAGAAGGCUUUGAAGGGAUUUCUGUUGACGUGCCAGUCUAAGUAUGGUGGUUUCAGUAAGUUUCCGAUGGAGUUUCCCGAUUUGUACCACUCCUACUAUGGAUUUACUGCAUUUAGCCUCUUGGAAGAACCGAAUGUCAAGCCUUUGUUUGUCGAACUCGGAAUAAGAGAUGCUGCUGCCUGGAGAAUCUGAUGCGAAAGUGCUUGUUCGAUAUGGUGUGGAUUAUUUUCACUGCUAUACCAAAUUGGGUAUCAUAUAUUUCUCCCUUUCUAAAUCUUUAACUUAGCCUGCAUAACUUAUCACAAAGAAACGUAGGGUUUGAUCUUUGCUGUUCAUAAGUCCAGAUGGAGCUUCAUUAAACUCUUGUUUGUAUACUUUCUAAAAUGCCUUCCAUCCCUUCUGAUUGUAAUGUAAUAUUUAAAGUUUUUAAACACAAGAUCUGGUUUU